UCCUGGCCGCCGCAAGGUUUUACUGCAGGGGCCCCCCAGAGCUCAGUGACGCUGCGACCGCUUCUUGCCUAGGUCCGUUCUCCCCAGGGCAGAGGGGCGGUUGUGCAAUAGGAAGCCGAGGGCAUUGCAAGCUUUCCUUCGGGCACCAGCUACCUGACCCCACGCCCUGUCCGGUGCAUUCCUCAAACACCUCCGGAGCCCCUACCUGUGGCCCCAGGAGCCCCCUUCCCUCGUCGGCCAUGCCUCUUAGCCGCACUUUGUCUAUGUCCUCACUGCCAGGACUGGAGGAUUGGGAAGAUGAAUUCGACCUGGAGAACACAGUGCUCUUCGAGGUGGCCUGGGAGGUGGCCAACAAGGUGGGUGGCAUCUACACGGUGCUGCAGACGAAGGCGAAGGUGACAGGGGAUGAGUGGGGCGACAACUACUACCUGGUGGGACCGUACACGGAGCAGGGCGUGAGGACCCAGGUGGAACUGCUUGAGCCCCCAACUCCAGCUCUGAAGAGGACGCUGGACUCCAUGAACAGCAAGGGCUGCAAGGUAUAUUUCGGGCGCUGGCUGAUUGAGGGGGGCCCCCUCGUGGUACUCCUGGACGUGGGGGCCUCAGCCUGGGCCCUGGAGCGCUGGAAGGGGGAGCUCUGGGACACCUGCAACAUUGGGGUGCCCUGGUAUGACCGUGAAGCCAACGACGCCGUCCUUUUUGGCUUCCUUACCACCUGGUUCCUGGGUGAGUUCCUGGCCCAGAGCGAGGAGAAGCCACAUGUGGUUGCACACUUCCACGAAUGGUUGGCGGGCGUCGGGCUCUGCCUGUGCCGUGCCCGGCGGCUCCCUGUGGCUACGAUCUUCACCACCCAUGCCACGCUGCUGGGGCGAUACCUGUGUGCCGGUGCUGUGGACUUCUACAACAAUCUGGAGAAUUUCAAUGUAGACAAGGAAGCUGGUGAGAGGCAAAUCUAUCACCGCUACUGCAUGGAGCGGGCAGCAGCCCACUGCGCUCAUGUCUUCACUACUGUGUCCCAGAUCACUGCCAUUGAGGCUCAGCACCUACUCAAGAGGAAACCAGAUAUCGUGACCCCCAAUGGACUGAAUGUGAAGAAGUUCUCUGCCAUGCAUGAGUUCCAGAACCUCCAUGCUCAGAGCAAGGCCCGAAUCCAGGAGUUUGUGCGGGGCCAUUUUUAUGGGCACCUGGACUUCAAUUUGGACAAGACCUUGUACUUCUUUAUCGCCGGCCGCUACGAGUUCUCCAACAAGGGGGCUGACAUCUUCCUGGAGGCCUUGGCCCGGCUCAACUAUCUGCUCAGAGUCAACGGCAAUGAGCAGACAGUAGUCGCCUUCUUCAUCAUGCCAGCUCGGACCAACAAUUUCAAUGUGGAAACCCUCAAGGGCCAAGCCGUGCGCAAGCAGCUUUGGGAUACGGCCAACACAGUGAAGGAGAAGUUCGGGAGGAAGCUUUAUGAAUCCUUGCUAGUGGGGAGCCUCCCAGACAUGAACAAGAUGCUGGACAAGGAGGAUUUCACUAUGAUGAAGAGAGCCAUCUUUGCCACGCAGCGGCAGUCUUUCCCCCCUGUCUGCACCCACAAUAUGCUGGACGACUCCUCGGACCCUAUCCUGACCACCAUCCGCCGAAUUGGCCUCUUCAAUAGUAGUGCCGACAGGGUCAAGGUGAUUUUCCACCCAGAGUUCCUCUCCUCCACUAGCCCCCUGCUCCCUGUGGACUAUGAGGAGUUUGUCCGUGGCUGCCACCUUGGGGUCUUCCCCUCCUACUAUGAGCCUUGGGGCUACACACCAGCUGAGUGCACGGUGAUGGGCAUUCCCAGUAUUUCCACCAACCUCUCUGGCUUCGGCUGCUUCAUGGAAGAACACAUCGCAGACCCCUCAGCUUACGGUAUCUACAUUCUGGACCGGCGGUUCCGCAGUCUGGAUGAUUCCUGCUCGCAGCUCACCACCUUCCUCUACAGCUUCUGCCAGCAGAGCCGGCGGCAGCGCAUCAUCCAGCGGAACCGUACAGAGCGCCUCUCCGACCUUCUGGACUGGAAAUAUCUAGGCCGGUACUAUAUGUCUGCGCGCCACAAGGCGCUGGCCAAGGCCUUUCCAGAGCACUUCACCUACGAGCCCCAGGAAACUGAUGCGGCCCAGGGCUACCGCUACCCCCGGCCGGCCUCGGUGCCACCAUCGCCUUCAUUAUCUCGGCACUCGAGCCCUCCUCUGAGCGAGGAUGAGGAGGAUCCCCGUGACAGGACGCCGAACGAAGACACCGAACGCUACGAUGAAGAAGAGGAGGCUGCCAAGGACCGGCGCAACAUCCGCGCCCCCGAGUGGCCGCGCCGCUCCUCCUGCUCCUCUUCCACUGGCGGGAGCAAGCGCAACUCUGUGGAUACUGCGCCCUCCAGCUCAGUCAGCACUCCCAGCGAGCCCCUCAGCCCUGCCAGCUCCCUGGGAGAGGAGCGCAACUGAGUCCCCUGCCCCACACUCCUCUCCCACCUCACCUCCCUCGUCCAGAGGGUGGGUUCAGAACUGCGCUAUUCCUAAACCCCACUCCAGAUCCCAAACCUGCUGUGGAGUCCACAACUCCGCCCCCUCCGCCAUACACUCCAGCCCCUCCAGCUCCACUCCUGGAAUCCCCAACACUCCAUAAUCCACAACACCGUGCCUUUCUUGGGUUCCAGAAUAUAAAAUCUGUGCCCUGGAGUCGCCCUAGGCCUGGCCUGGGUCCAAGAGGACAAAAAUUGGCCAUUACUCUGUCAUGGUGCCAGAGGUUUUAGGAAACCUGGCCUGUUGCCUUCUGGCUGGGGCUCCUAAAGCCCUUUGUGGCUUGCAAAUUCCACAGCAUACAGAGCACACCCUGCUCAGUCCUGGCCUAGGGUCCGCCAAGCCCUGGAAACCACAUGGUGUCCCUGCUGAUGGGACAAUCAAGUCCAGAGCUUGAGCACUUUCAAGCACUUGAGUUAACUGAAUGCAGAAGGUCCUCCAUUUCAACUCCAGAACUCGGGCUCCAGGAUAGGGUACUCAUUUGUUUGUUCUGGCCCUCCCUGGGGUAUCUGGCUCUGCCUGGAGGACCCCUCCACCCCUGCUCCCUUCCUCCAUACCUUGGCCAAGCAAGGGUGGGCAGAACCACUUGGCUUCUCAUUCCUACUGGAGAACAUGCAGUCUUGGUCUAGGUGACUUUCUGGCCUUUUCUGGGCCAGACCCUAUCCCUUCCCUGAGUCUGAGUUUUCCCCUGGAUCUCAAGACUCCUGUGCCCUCCAGGAAGUCCCCCUGCUGAGGACAGAACUUGCUGUUUUCCACUCCCGCAACCCCCAACUGCCAGGCCCAUCAUGAAACCACUGGGUUCUAGGUCCCGGCUGCUGAAUCUAGACCCUUACCACUAUGCUGCAUCCUGGUUCCCUUCCCGAUCUAGAACUGAGCCCACUGGGUUCUAGAACCUCCAUUUUUACCUCAAGGCUCUUCCAUCCCCAAGCUGUGUCCUGCCCUCAGCUUUGGUGAAAGGGAGGGACCCUCUCACAUGUGCUGUGCUGUAUCUGAUGCACUUGGUUUGCAGUUGGGAGGGUGGGGGCAGAAAGGGUGUGAUUGAAGUGUGUGAGGAGAUGAAAAAAAUACAUCUCUACUUAAGAAUCCCAGGUUUGGUCCGACGUGAGGGCUUGGUGGCCUCAAACCUGGCCCCCCUCUUUUUGGCCUCCUCUAUUCCUAUCCUUGCCCACCCGAGUCCGAUUCCUUGUCUCAUUCUGCUGUCAUGGGGAGACUUGGAUUGCUAUUCUGGAUUCCACUGUUAUUUCAAAGGAAAGAACCUCUGGUUUAGUUUGGACCUUACUUGCAAGUGGCAAAAACUUGGUUCCAACUCUCUGGCAGAAAGGGCCUAUGUCCCUGGAGAAACAAUCCACAGAGUAACCUCAAGCCAAGUGUGGCUCUCUAAAUUCCUCAGCACUACCAUGUUUC